AUGUAUAUGGGUACACGGCCACCUCCGGGACAGUAUAUGAAGGUUACUCCUACACCUUCAGCUGUAACUCCUGUUGUUAUGUUGGUGAUAUUCUCUGUUACAGGGUACACGGCCACCUCCGGGACAGGUACACGGCCACCUCCGGGACAGUAUAUGAAGGUUACUCCUACACCUUCAGCUGUAACUCCUGUUGUUAUGUUGGUGAUAUUCUCUGUUACAGGGUACACGGCCACCUCCGGGACAGUAUAUGAAGGUUACUCCUACACCUUUAGCUGGUACACGGCCUCCUCCGGGACAGUAUAUGAAGGUUACUCCUACACCUUCAGCUGUAACUCCGGUUAUUUUAUCGAUAUGAUAUCAGCGACUUACUACAAAUGUUCCUCCUCGAGCAGCGACGUUACGUCAACAUUGGAGUCGUACCUGGAUGGAACCACCUCCACCAGACUGACCAUAAGUGACAGUUUGCUUGGACAUACGACCACUUCUUGUACAGGGUAUUUAAUCUCCAGCUGGUAUUGUGGCCAUGAUGCGCAGUUGGUGAAUCACAGAGGACCAUGGACCUUGGUGUACAAGGCACCAGCGGGUACGACAGUAUCAGGAUACAAUGAUUACUACUCGCACUUCGCAGACAGCACCACUUCUAGCACUUUGAACGACGGAUCCGUGACAGUCAUGCGAGACUUCGGUUCUGGCGGAAGUGCAUUCAAAUCUUCCAAACUGCUACAGUGGGAAUCUGGCAUCACCAUAUCGGCUGUGAAGUUGUCAGUCUUUAAAGAUGGAGAGGAGGCUGCCUAUGUUAUAUUUGAUGCACGUGGGAAAGGGAAGUUGGAAUGGUUUGACUGUGAUAACAUUGUUGGCUCCAGUUACACAGAUAUAGCAUCCUAUUCUGAGAAUUACUGCGGACUCUCACCGUACUCAUCAAAUUACAAAAGAAACUUCUACAUCAAUGCCUACGGUACUGCAUGUACAAGCACUUAUGGAUGGAUAAUGUUAAAAGACUACAAUUCCAUAUCUGGAUGUUCUGUGUGGGACCCAGCUACAACCAGUAAUCCAUAUAUAAAGUAUUCUACUAGUACCACACUGCAGAAUUUUUACACUGGUUCAAUAGGCAAUGGUGACAGCCUGGCUAUAUUCAUUAUGGAAUGGCACAUGGUUUUCAAGGGAAUCCAAGGUGUGACCCCUGCGGCAGGGUCACUGGAAACACUGUGGACGGGGUCUACUGUUGAAAAUGACAACGAUGACACGAAAACCACCAUUACAAACUCACCAAGUGAUACUGUAAAAUCAAGUCUGGUGGAGGACUGGCAGGGAUACUUUACUAUGAUUGAUAUGGUGAAGUACGCGUAUUUCACAAGCGGCGAAGAAAAAGCAUAUGUCGUGUUUGAUGGACGAGGUACAACAAAGUCAACAUGGUUUGCUGACGGAAAAGAAAUAUAUUCUAGUUACACUGACAUCACAACAGAUACACCAACCACAAGUGGUAUAACAGGUGACACAUACCGUAAGUUUGCUCUGAUACGAACUAGUAGUUCAUGUUCCGGUUUAUCGGCCUGGAUGAUGGUUCUGGAUGUUGGAGGAAGUGUAGCCUGCUCGUUUGAUAAUAAUGUACAAACACGCCCCUACUUCCUGUAUAGUGGCGGUACAACAGACAGUGUUGCAGAGUCAGGUGGUUUGUGGUACUCCGCUGGAUUUCCCGCUGCACAUACUAUGGGCAUUUUUGUGAAAGGGUUUUACCCAGUGAUGAAGUGGGCCAGAGGUCAAACAAUAUCCCCAGCUUCCAGUGUCUACAACCUUUGGACUGGGACGUAUACAUUGAAUGAAUUUACAACUUCUGCUCAUUCGUUUGCUGCCUCUACAGCUACAUAUAAAUCCAGUAUUGUAGACAGUUGGACAAGUUAUUACAUCAAGGCGGUUCGUGUGUCUAUGUACAGUGGUGGGUCUGAAGUGGCCUACGUGGUGUUUGAUGCCCAUGAAUCAGACAAAACGACCUGGUUUGAUUGUGAUAGAAUUUUGUACACGAAUUACCAGGAUCUAAACCGACGGACAGGCUCAUUUACGCACUGUAGUAUUGCUGGAGACUCCUCGGCAUACAGACGUUUUUUUAUUGAGUACACUUACUCAAGUUGUACCACAGCAGGAGGAUGGAUUGGUGUAUUUGAAGGGUCUGAUUGUGGAUUUGAUAACCUUGGUACAUCACCAUUCGCAUUAUACAGUGAUACAUUGCCUGGGUUUGAAUACAAUAUCACCAUGGACAAUUUCUGUGACUUUAGUCCUUGUCAGAAUGGAGGCACAUGCUACCACAGGGGUGUAAAGUAUGAUUGUGUCUGUGCUGGAGAUUACUAUGGAUUAGACUGUGCUGACCGUAAGUUCAGGUUUGACUACCACAAGUUUACCUAUUUGUUAAUCAAGUAUGUUUAA